AUGAACAAAAGGCUAGAAGCUUCGUGGUCCAAUCUAAGGCACUUCUCGGGUAACAUCAUCAUAACAUCAUUCGUUCGGAUCUUCAAAGUUUCAAUCUUAACAGCUGCCCCAAAUUUGAAGAUAUUGUCACUUCGGGAACCACCAGCUAUGAACGCCGUGGGAGUCGAACAGUACGGUCCUAUUGAGAAUCUCAUAUGCCGGAAGAUUCCAAAGCCGGAUAAGCCACAAGGAAAGGAAUUGCUUAUCAAAGUGGAAGCUACCGCUGUCAAUCCGAUCGACACUAAAGUCAGGAAUGGAACAUAUGAUGAUGCACCAGAUUAUUAUAAAUUUGUGCCUCGUCCAUUCCAUAUCAUGGGAUAUGACGGCGCCGGCAUAGUUCAAGAAGUUGGCCCAGAAUGUACCAGAUUCAAACCCGGUGACGAAGUAUUCUAUGUAUCAUCUCCGACAAAACAAGGAGCCUAUUGUGAAUACCAAUUAGUUCCAGAGGUCACUGUCGGACAUAAACCAAAAUCACUGGAUUUCGUUGAAGCUGCCGCGAUGCCACUAACAUACGGAACUGCCUGCGAGUCCUUAUUGGAUCGGCUGGAGAUCAAAAAGGGAGAAAAGGUCGGUAUUCUGAUCAUCAAUGGCGCCGGUGGUGUAGGGGCCAUGGCAUCGCAAAUCGCGCGAUGGGUACUCGAGUUACCUGUCGUGAUUACCACGGCAUCGCGACCUGAGACGAUCGACUUCACUAAGAAGAUGGGAGCGACUCACGUUAUCAAUCAUCGGGAAGAUUUGAAGAAGCAGAUCGAUGAGCUCCAUCUUGAUGUGCCUAUCAAGUAUGUCUACAUCACCUAUUCCACGUCGCAGUACCUUAGUGUUUGUUCGGAUGUCAUUGCUCCGCUGGGUAAGGUUUGCUCAAUCGUUCAAUCCGCCGAUAUGAACAUGUAUGGUACUCAGUUUAUGUCCAAGUCUCUAGCAUUCAUCUGGUGCUGGCUUGGAUCGAGGAUGUACCAUGGCGUUGACACUAAUCAAUGGGAAAUGUUGGAAGAGCUCUCAGCUCUUAUUGACGCAGGCAAGAUCAAAUGCCACCUGACGAGGCGACUGCAAUUGAAUCUUGAAGGAAUUAAAGAGGCACAUAGGAUCCUUGAAUCUGGCAAGGCCAUUGGAAAGACGAUCCUAAUCCGCUACGACUCCCUAGAGGUAUAUCAGCAAUACGGGAGCAUCAUCGAGCAAAUGACCAAGGACAAAUUCGCAGAAAAGGGAGCCACGGAGCAGACUUUGUUCAUCUCUAUGAGGAGCAUGCCUCCUAUACAUACCACUUCAUUUGUCGCCCCGGAGAAUGUUACCGUGGAUGAUCUGAAGGGGGUUCAGUUUCCUGAAGGUGUACAUGUUGAUAUUCACCAGGAGGCAUGA